GUCGUCGUCGUCUGCUUGACUCCAAAGUGGUGGGGACGCGCGCACAAAAUUUUUAGUUAACUAGACGUCCGCUGCGCGAGGUUCGGCGCGCGCGUAACGCAUGCAGUUAACGGUUGCGCUGGCUCGGUUCGCCUCAGCGCGGCUACAACACCAACCUUCAAGACGGCCUUCGUCGACGAAAAGGAAAGAGUAAAAAAAAAGAAAGAAAGGAAACGGGCACACAUUUUUUUUCCUGUCACCCCCCCCAAAAAAGUGUGUGUGUGUAUAUGUGCGUGUGAAAAAAAAGUGUUUUUCGCUGAUUUGCAAAAUUGUGUUUUUUCGUCAAACAUAAGACGGGGGCUGUCAUUGAAAAAUACACACUAGAAAAUUAUCAUUUUAUUCGGAAGGUUGGAUUUUUCAUUUUUCACCCAAGUGGAUAAGAAUUUUUUUUAGGUUUUUUUUGGUGAAUUUAAAAAAAAAGUGCGAGUGAGUGUGUGUGUAUGUGAGAGUGAGUGGAGUGUGUCGCUAGUGCACACAAUUCGAAAGGGGGAUUUGUUCACCACAAAAUCUUUAAAUUGAGGAAAAAAAAGCGAGGAAAGGAGGAAAAUAGGAAAAACUAUGAGAUUACGAUAGUCUUGAGUGAUGUUAUCGCAAAGUAAAUUUUACGCUCUCUUUAUACACUACACUUUUGUGUAGUAUGGUACGGGGCGGGUCCUUGCCGCUGCGGUCAAGAGUGCAGGUGUGAAGCAAAUAGUGGUUCUCUUUUUUAAAAAAAAACCCCCGUGUUCACCUACUCGACCUUCUUUUUUUUCCUUUUUUUCCUUUUUACUUCUUCAUCUCUCUACUGUCCAAAAAAAAAAUCCUUCUAAGUUAUUCCUUAUCUCCCAUUAAACAGAAAUCUUAAUUUUUAGUGUUCAAAGUGCUUUAAAAAUUGUGCAAGUGUUCUUUUUAAUUUUUCCACCUCCAUUCCUUAUAUUGAUUUCUUUAAAUUUAAUUUCUACCGGAAAAAAUAGUUUUUCCCCCGAGGGCAAGGAAAAAAAACAACCAAUGAUAUAAAUUUACGGAAGAUUUUUGGAUAGAGAAGAAAAGGCACCGCGGAAGGUGCUUUAGAACCCGCCCCAUAUAACAUCAGUGCCUGGUAUUCCGCAUCGCUCAACUCCGAGAAUUCACUCACGAGAGGACGAGUCUUCAAAAAAAAAAAAAUCAAAUACAGACUGAAACGUGGAGCAGACUAUGAUAAUUCGGAUAACAAAUUGAUUACACCCGCCGCUUCAUGUAUACGUCGGACAUGAGAAAUCUUGGUUCGAGUUGGACAGGCCCCACUGUACCACGCACUGCCGCAGCGCGUUCGUUAUUGGUCGCCGCCAUUUUGUCAAAGAACGAUUUAGAUAUACAAACGAUAAAGAGAAAGUGGAGUUCGAAGGAGAGAAAAAAUUAUCAAAAGUGGAAAUCGUGGAGUAACGUGGUGCGACAACCACAUUUAUCCGUCCGACCACUCAGAACGUCGUCUCUACACACAAUCACGCAUUUUAAAUCGACAACAAGGCAGCUUUCAAAAAGCAAUUCUAGAUCUCAUUCCCAAUUUCGCUAUCGGCAACAGCAACUGAACUAUUCCCCACAAUACGAACACAGUCGUCAUUAUAGAAAUUGUUAGCACCAAUAGCAAGGAAGGUGGCUGAGUUGUGUGCAGCCUAGACAAUGUCCGAAGUUUCUGGCUCUAUAUCAGAGGAAGAACGAAGUUUGUUCCGUCCGUUCACGCGGGAAUCCUUAGCAGCAAUAGAACAACGUAUUUCCGAGCAGGAAGCUAAACAAAAGGAGCUUGAGAAAAAGAGAGCUGAAGGCGAGGGAAGUAUAUAUGGACGGAAGAAAAAGAAAAAAGAAGUACGUUACGAUGACGAAGACGAAGAUGAGGGUCCUCAACCGGAUCCAAUGUUUGAGCAAGGAGCGCCCCUUCCGGUCCGACUGCACAACGAAUUUCCCCCCGAGCUGGCCUCCACACCUCUUGAAGAUAUUGAUAGUUUUUACUUCAAUCAAAGGACGUUCGUGGUUAUCAGUAAAGGAAAGGACAUAUUCAGGUUCUCCGCGACCGACGCGAUGUGGAUCCUCGAUCCAUUUAAUCCAAUACGACGGGUGGCCAUCUACAUAUUGGUCCACCCACUCUUCUCUCUAUUCAUCAUCACAACAAUUUUGGUUAACUGCAUACUCAUGAUCAUGCCCACAACGCCCACCAUCGAAUCCACCGAAGUCAUAUUUACGGGCAUCUACACAUUUGAGUCCGCCGUUAAGGUGAUGGCGAGGGGUUUCAUUCUGCAGCCUUUUACCUAUCUUAGAGAUGCAUGGAAUUGGCUCGACUUCGUAGUUAUAGCUUUAGCUUAUGUGACGAUGGGAAUAGAUCUAGGCAACCUUGCUGCUCUCAGGACAUUUCGAGUCCUCCGAGCCUUGAAGACUGUCGCUAUUGUACCAGGUCUUAAAACCAUUGUCGGCGCUGUGAUAGAGUCCGUUAAAAAUCUACGCGAUGUGAUAAUCCUAACAAUGUUCUCCCUUUCCGUCUUUGCACUUAUGGGUCUUCAAAUUUAUAUGGGGGUGCUUACGCAAAAAUGUAUAAAAAAUUUUCCGGACGACAACUCGUGGGGUAAUUUAACGCACGAAAAUUGGGAACGAUUUACUAACAAUGAUUCUAAUUGGUACGUGGAUGAAGCCGGGAACAUGCCCUUGUGUGGAAAUUCGUCGGGCGCGGGGAUGUGUCCACCUGGUUACACGUGUUUACAAGGUUAUGGGGAUAAUCCGAAUUAUGGUUAUACAAGCUUCGAUACAUUUGGUUGGGCGCUUCUUUCUGCGUUUCGUCUUAUGACACAGGAUUAUUGGGAGAAUCUUUAUCAGCUGGUGCUGAGAUCGGCGGGGCCAUGGCAUAUGUUAUUUUUCAUUGUUAUCAUUUUCCUGGGAUCAUUUUAUCUUGUUAAUUUGAUCCUCGCCAUUGUCGCGAUGUCGUACGAUGAAUUACAAAAGAAAGCCGAGGAGGAGGAAGCCGCUGAAGAGGAAGCGAUUAGGGAAGCGGAAGAAGCGGCUUUAGCGAAAGAACACAAACAGGCGGCUCAAGCUGCAGCGCGGGAAGCAGCAGCUGCUGCAGCCGCCGAACGAAUAGUAAAGUCGCCUUCAGACUUUUCCUGCCAUAGUUAUGAAUUAUUUGUUGGUCAAGAAAAGGGCACCGACGAUAAUAAUAAGGAACAAAUGAGCAUUAGAUCCGUUGAGUCCAUCAGUGAACAUAGAGUUAAAAUUAUAAAUAAUCACACAACCACCACCACCACCAAUAAAGUGCGAAAAGUCAGUGCCGUCUCUCGCGUCCCUAGUGGCCAGUUUACUAAUGCCUACCAGGAAAAUAAGAGGAAGGCAAGUCUAAGUCUGCCGGGUUCACCAUUCAAUAUUAGACGCGGUAGUCGUGGGAGUCAUCAAUUCACCAUACGUAAUGGUCGUCGUUUCGUUGGACCAUCGGGUGGUGAUCGUAAACCCCUUGUACUUUCAACGUAUUUAGACGCACAGGAGCAUUUGCCCUAUGCCGAUGAUUCCAAUGCAGUUACGCCAAUGUCAGAGGAAAAUGGCGCAAUUGUUGUGCCAAUGUAUUACGCAAAUUUGGGUUCACGUCACUCGUCAUACACUUCACACGCGUCAAAAUUGUCCUACACGUCGCAUUGCGAUCUUCUUGGUGGUAUUGGUAAUAUUGGUAAACCAAUGACAAAGGAGAGUAAAUUGAGAAGUCGAUCAGCGAGACAGGCGUCGAUUAAUGGAAAUACGGCAGAGGCAAUUCAUAAACAUCAUCAUUAUCACAGUACGGAUGGAGAAACAGAAGAUUCGCUUAUUAAAUUGAAACAAGACAAUCCUUUUAUCGAUUCCUCACAUCAACAAGCGGUGGUUGAUAUGAAAGAUGCAAUGGCGCUAAACGAUAUAACCGAACAAGCUGCUGGUCGGCAUAGUCGGUCAUCGGAGCAAGCAGUGUCGAUAUAUUACUUUCCUACAGACGAAGACGAAGAGGGAAUUACAUUUAAGGAAAAGGCAUUAGAAUACUUUUUGAGGAGUAUCGAUGUCUUUUGCGUUUGGAACUGUUGUCCUAUGUGGGUCAAGAUACAAGACUUCAUUGCCCUAUUGGUAUUCGAUCCGUUCGUCGAGCUUUUCAUCACACUUUGCAUUGUCGUCAAUACAUUAUUUAUGGCAUUGGAUCAUCACGAUAUGGAUAAUAAAAUGGAAAAAAUCCUCAAAUCCGGAAAUUACUUCUUCACUGCAACGUUUGGCAUUGAAGCAACAAUGAAAUUAAUAGCGAUGAGUCCAAAAUUUUACUUUCAAGAGGGUUGGAAUAUUUUCGAUUUUAUUAUAGUGGCCUUGUCCUUAUUGGAAUUGGGGCUCGAAGGUGUUCAAGGAUUAUCGGUCCUGCGAUCUUUCAGAUUGUUGAGAGUGUUCAAAUUGGCAAAAUCGUGGCCAACAUUGAAUUUAUUGAUAUCAAUUAUGGGCCGUACUGUGGGUGCAUUGGGUAACUUGACGUUUGUCUUGUGCAUCAUUAUAUUCAUUUUCGCUGUGAUGGGUAUGCAAUUAUUUGGUAAAAAUUACACGGACCAAGUACAUCUAUUUCCGGACGGUGAAUUACCACGUUGGAAUUUCACCGAUUUUAUGCAUUCAUUUAUGAUUGUUUUUCGUGUACUAUGCGGCGAAUGGAUUGAAUCAAUGUGGGAUUGUAUGCUGGUUGGCGAUGUCUCCUGUAUACCAUUCUUUCUGGCUACUGUCGUCAUUGGAAAUUUAGUAGUUUUGAAUCUCUUCUUGGCGUUGCUUUUGAGUAAUUUUGGUUCAUCGAAUCUAUCAGCGCCAACAGCGGACAAUGAUACGAAUAAAAUUGCCGAGGCCAUUGAUAGAAUUGCACGUUUCAUUGGUUGGGUCAAGCAAAGUGUUCUUAAUCUUCUUAAGAUGAUGCGAGCCAAACUCACCAAUCAAAUAUCCGACCAGGCGCCAGGUGAGGGACCGUCCAACAGUUGGAAAGAAGAAGGUCUCGAUCACGAUGCCAAUUUAGAUCUAACUGAUGGUGAUUUGGACGUAUUUCGCGAUAAGAAAAGCGUCAAGGAGCUUAACAAUCAAUUUGAAGUUGCAAUUGGCGAUGGAAUGGAAUUUACGAUUCAUGGAGAUCUGAAGAAUAAAAUGAAGAAGGGAAGUCUCUGUUUGAACAACACAAAGGGUCUUGUGAAUUCCUUGAAUCAUCGGGAUUUUCGAUUAGAUCAUGACUACAUCAAUCAUAAUGAGGAUGAUACCAUCAGCAACAAAUCGUACGGGAGUCAUCAGAACAGAUCGUUUAAAAACGAGAGUCAUAAAGGGAGUUUGGAUUCGUUGGAUGGUGAAGAGAAAAAGGAUGUCAGUAAAGAAGAUCUUGAGGAAGAAGACUUGGACGACGAAGGCGAAGAGGGUGAGGAGGAGGAGGAGGAGGAGGAGGAAGUGCCGAGAAUAAUACAAGCGAACGAGGAGAUAAUUGACGAUUAUCCAGCGGAUUGUCUUCCCGAGAAAUGGUACAAGAAAUUUCCAUUUUUGGCCGGUGAUGAAGACGCGCCAUUUUGGCAAGGUUGGGGCAAUUUGAGACUUAAAACCUUCCAGCUCAUCGAAAACAAAUAUUUUGAAACUGCCGUCAUUACAAUGAUCCUGUUAAGUAGUAUGGCACUGGCUCUGGAGGACGUACACCUUCAGUCGAGGCCAAUUCUUCAAGAUAUUCUUUAUUACAUGGACAGGAUUUUCACAGUGAUAUUCUUCUUGGAGAUGUUGAUUAAAUGGUUGGCCCUUGGUUUUCAGAAAUAUUUCACAAACGCCUGGUGUUGGUUGGACUUCAUAAUCGUCAUGCUUUCGCUGAUCAAUCUGGGUGCAAUAUGGGCCGGUGCAGCUGACAUUCCAGCCUUUCGUUCAAUGAGAACUUUGAGGGCCUUGAGGCCCCUAAGAGCAGUUUCUCGCUGGGAAGGGAUGAGAGUUGUCGUGAACGCUUUGGUCCAAGCUAUUCCAUCUAUCUUCAAUGUACUGCUCGUCUGCCUUAUUUUUUGGCUAAUCUUUGCCAUAAUGGGAGUCCAACUGUUUGCCGGAAAAUAUUUCAAGUGUGUCGAUGCAAACAAGACAACGCUAAGUCACGAGAUCAUUCCCGAUAAAAAUGCCUGCAUUGCCGAAAAUUACACCUGGGACAAUUCGCCCAUGAAUUUCGAUCACGUUGGCAAAGCAUACCUGUGCCUCUUUCAAGUAGCGACCUUUAAAGGAUGGAUACAAAUCAUGAACGACGCAAUUGACUCAAGGGAGGUUGGCAAACAACCAAUUCGCGAGACAAACAUCUACAUGUACCUCUACUUUGUAUUUUUCAUCAUCUUUGGAUCGUUUUUUACACUUAAUCUCUUUAUCGGAGUUAUCAUCGACAAUUUUAACGAGCAAAAGAAAAAGGCCGGCGGUUCACUCGAAAUGUUCAUGACUGAGGAUCAGAAAAAGUACUACAACGCAAUGAAAAAAAUGGGUAGUAAAAAACCCCUAAAGGCCAUACCACGUCCUAGGUGGAGGCCACAGGCAAUAGUGUUUGAAAUUGUGACAGAUAAGAAGUUCGAUAUGAUAAUUAUGUUGUUCAUCGGAUUUAAUAUGUUGACCAUGACAAUGGACCAUUAUAAACAAACGGAGACGUUCAGCAGUGUGUUGGACUAUCUUAAUAUGAUAUUCAUUGUGAUAUUCACCAGCGAGUGUCUCAUGAAGAUAUUUGCAUUGCGCUAUCAUUACUUCAAGGAGCCGUGGAACCUCUUUGAUUUUGUUGUUGUUAUAUUAUCAAUAUUAGGGUUGGUCCUGAGCGAUAUUAUUGAAAAAUAUUUUGUAUCUCCCACAUUACUUCGUGUGGUGAGGGUAGCUAAAGUGGGUCGUGUUUUACGUCUCGUUAAAGGAGCCAAGGGAAUUCGUACUCUACUUUUUGCAUUGGCCAUGUCAUUGCCAGCGCUAUUCAACAUUUGCCUCUUACUAUUUUUGGUGAUGUUCAUCUUUGCGAUAUUUGGAAUGUCAUUUUUCAUGCACGUCAAGGACAAGAGUGGUCUCGAUGACGUCUACAAUUUCAAGACAUUCGGACAGUCGAUGAUAUUGCUGUUUCAAAUGUCAACAUCAGCUGGCUGGAACGACGUAUUGGACGGCAUUAUCAACGAAGAGGACUGUCAGGAGCCAAACAAUGAAAUUGGCUAUCCGGGAAAUUGUGGUUCAUCAACAAUUGGAAUUGCCUAUUUACUCUCCUAUUUGGUGAUUAGUUUUCUAAUUGUCAUCAAUAUGUACAUUGCGGUUAUUUUAGAGAAUUAUUCUCAAGCAACCGAGGACGUUCAAGAAGGUCUUACCGACGAUGAUUACGAUAUGUAUUAUGAGAUAUGGCAGCAAUUUGAUCCCGAUGGUACGCAAUAUAUUCGUUACGAUCAAUUAUCAGAAUUCUUGGACGUCCUUGAACCGCCAUUACAAAUACACAAGCCCAAUAAAUAUAAGAUUGUAUCGAUGGAUAUCCCAAUAUGUAAGGGUGACCUUAUGUUUUGCGUUGAUAUCCUCGAUGCUCUCACAAAAGACUUUUUCGCAAGAAAGGGCAAUCCAAUUGAGGAGACUGCCGAAUUGGGCGAAGUGCAAACAAGACCCGAUGAAGUUGGCUAUGAACCAGUAUCAUCAACAUUAUGGCGACAACGUGAAGAAUAUUGCGCGCGUCUUAUACAAAAUGCAUGGAGGAAGCAUAAACAACAACGUCUCGGCGGUCCCAGUGAGGAAAGCGAUGAUCCCGAUAUGGAUCCGCGCGUCAGACAAACGGCAGUGCUUGUCGAAAGUGAUGGUUUCGUCACGAAAAAUGGUCAUCGUGUCGUUAUUCAUAGUCGUUCACCGAGCGUCACAUCACGCACUGCCGAUGUCUGAUCCUCGUUACGCUAUCCUCAUUAAAUUAAAUUAAAUUAUUACCAAAAAAAAAAUAAAUCCGAGGUGAUGAAUCUAAAUAAAAAAUAAUUUAAAAAAAACAAAAAAAAAUUGAAAUCAAUCGCACGUGCGUUAUGAACUACUUAACAGCCUUAUAGUUGUAUAAUACAAAAAAAAUAAUAAAAUUCCUCCAACGAGUUGCCUUUUUUAUCGACUGCACGAGUGUGUCGAUCGGAGUCGACCGUGUCCGAGGAUGCACAACAAAACAUACACACAACUUUGAAAAAAAAUAAAUAAAAACUCAGGCGAUUCGUCGGAAAUAAACGCGUGUACGGUUUUUUACUAACAUCCGACCGAAUUAUACAAAAAAAAAAUAAACAAAAUCUUAAUCAAAGUAUCCAGCAGCCUCCUCUUCCCCAAAAUAAACCCUCGCAAAAAAUUACAUAUCUGUCGAAUUGAGGUUUGAAAAAAUUCUUUUUAUUUUUUUCCUUUCAUGUCCAGUGUGAAUACCUAACCUAAGGAUUUCAUGUGCUUCCCCCUCAAAAACAAAUUAUGAAAUCUGCCAAGCUUAGGUAAUUUAACGAUAUAUUUUUUUCAAUUAUAAGUUGAUUGAAGAAACGAAAAACUGUUUGAAACUUCCUCUCUUGCAGUUUCUUUUCGUUUUUUUAAACAAAAAAUUAAUGCGCAUGCGCUGUAGAUCAGUGCUGGUAAUACGCAUGCGUUGUAGAUCGAUAUUGGCAAUGCGCAUGCGUUAUAGAUCAAUAUUGGUAAUGUGCAUGCGUCAUAGAUCAAUGUUUGUUAUGCGUAUGCGUCAUAGAUCAUUGUUGGUUAUGCGCACGCGUCAUAGAUCAAUAUUGGAAAUGCGCAUGCGUCAUAGAUCACUAUUGGUAAUGCGAAUGCGUCAUAGAUUAAUAUUGGUAAUGCGCAUGAGUCGUAGAUCAAUAUUAGUUCUGCGCAUGCGUCAUAGAUCAAUAUUGGUAUUGAUAUUUUACAAGCGCUUUGGAUCAAGAUUAGCAGUACGUAUGCGCAGUAGAUCAGUAUUAAUUAAUAUUGGCAUAUGCGCAAUAGAUCAUUUAACUGACAAUUAAUACAUGCGCGCUGGAUCAGCUAUUUCACAAUUGUAAUUGUCGCAAGUUCAGUAUUGAGAAAAGCGCAUGCGCAAUAGAUCAGUAUUGAUAAUUUUUAUGCGCAGUAGAUCUCUAAUCGUUAAUAGUUGUGCGCAACUGAAAAAAAUAUCGUCAAAAGUGCGUUUUAUUACUUUGCAUCAAGAGUGUAAAAAAACGGUUGAACUUCCCCUAAAAAAAAUUGUGAAUCGUAAUUAUAGUCACAAUUUAUUUUUUACACUCUAAAUUAAUUCUAUUUUGUAAUAUGAAAAAAAAAUAUUUUUUCUGUGAACAAUUACAAAUUUUAAAAUUAGAAAUUGACAAUUGUCGCAAAAAAUAUGACGUAUACCAAUCUUCCCCUAUAAACAAAAGCAAAAUACGACAUUGGUAUUUUUUCAAUUUUUUUUUGUUGCGAUAAUUGUCAUUUCGAGAACUGGAUAUUUUGUUUUUAAUUUUUAACGAAUAGUCAUUGAUUGAAUGAACAAUUUAAUGACAUUCUGGCAAAUUUUUUCAAAUCCUCUUAUUAGACUUUAUUCAUUUUUUUUUCAUUAUUUACAAAGUAAAAAUAAUUUCUUUCUUCUAUUUUUUAAGAAAUGAAAGAAUGAAAAAUGAGAAAAAAACUUUGUGUGACCUGAUAAACGGAAAAAAAAAUUUGUCGGUACAAUCGAAUUACAUAUACCUCAAAUUUGGUGCAGCAUUUUUUAAUAGAAUCGUGCAAAAAACAAUUUUGUUUAAAAGAAAAAAAACGAAGAGAUAAGAAGAAGAAGAAGAAGAAAAAAAAUAAAGCAUAAAUUAAAAAAUAUUCGAUUUGCAUAAAUUAGCUUUCUAUAAAAUCGCACUCUUCUUAUUCUUGUGAUUUAUUAGCGUCGAAAUACAUAAAUAAAUAAAUGAAAAAAAAAAAUUCAACGUGUGUGCCUGUUUUAUCCGAAAGAGUAAACGUGGUACCUGCGCGCUUGUCACGAGGCAGAUAAAAGAAAAAAAAUAAAUCUAGCUUUUAUUGUCAAAAAAGAGCAAGAAAGUGAAAAAAAAAUUUUAAUGGAAAUUUUUGUCCGCGAAUAAUGGAGCCGCAACGACGUAUUAUCGUUCAACACGCUUAUAUAAUAAUAAUACUAAUAAUAAUUAUAAUAUAAUAAUAUAAAUAAAAAAAGUCGUAUCGAACUUGUUUCUUGAUUUGUCAUAGAAGGGGCGAAAACACAACUUUUAUAACAAGAAAAAACAAAAAUGUCCUUCCGUGAUCCUAAUCAAUUUACGAAAUUCAAUUCUAGGUGAAAUUGAUAUUUUUAGGGUCUUAUUUACACGUGGAAUGUUACUGCGCAUGUAUUUGAUACAUAGGGAUCUACUGCGCAUGUAUAAUACUCGACAAAUGCGCAGUAGAUCUUUUUGAGUAAUAUAGAUGCGCAGUAGAUCUCUAUGCGUUGAAUAUAUGCGUUGCAAACAUGUAUUGGAUCCAAAAGUAUGUUUGCGCAUCUUAUUGAAAAGAUCUACUGCGCAUGUGUAGUUUAUGCGCAGUAGAUCUUUAUAAUGAGAUGCGCAAAUAUGCUUUAGGGUUAAAUUUAGCAUAGGCGUUCGCUUCUAACAUAUAUACGAUCGAAAGGGAACUACUGCGCAUGUGUAGACUCAAUAUAUGCGCUGUAGAUCCUCGUGUGUUACACACAUGCGUAGUAGAUCUCCAAAGGUCCAAAGUAGAUCUUUGUGGGUGUGAAAUAUGCGCAGUAGACUUCUGUGAAUUUAAAACACGUACAAUAGAUCUCUGUGAGGCAAAUAAAUGCACAGUAGAUCAUUAAGGGUUAAUUACAUGCGCAGUAGAUCUCUAUGGGACAAAUACAUGCGCAGUAGAUCUCUAUUUGAAAAAUACAUGCGUAGAAGGUCUUUGUGAGAAAAUAACGUGAGAAAUAUAAUUCUUUAAAGAUAUAACAGUCGUAGUUGGGCUCUAUAGGUCAAGGAUAUACGCACUAGAUGAUUGUAGUUUUAAAGAAUGCGCAGUAGAUCUCUGUGAGUGUAAGCCAUACGCAUUAGAUCUUUGUGAGUGACAUACAAUGCACAAUAGAUCUCUGUGGAUGAAAUAAAUGCGCCGUAGAUCUCUAUGGGUCAUAUACAUGCGCAGAAGAUCUCUCAAGGUCAAAUAUAUGCGCCGUAGAUCUCUAUGGAUCAUAUACAUGCGCAGAAGACCUCUCAAGGUCAAAUAUAUGCGCCGUAGAUCUCUAUGGGUCAUAUACAUGCGCAGUAGAUCUCUGCGUGUCAAAAACAUGCGCAGUAGAUCUCUGUGGGUCAAAAACAUGCACAGUAGAUCUCUGUGUGUCAAAAACAUGCGCAGUAGAUCUCUGUGUGUCAAAUACAUGCGCAGUAGUUCCCCGUGAGUCAAAAAACAUGCGUCGUAGUUAUCUGCGUUCUAAAACACGCCAAUUGGAUCACUAUUCGUCAAAUAUACUUAUAAUAAUUCUAUCAAAUCAUUGAAAUGCGCAUUAAUUCUACAAAAAUCUCAUUGAAUCUGUAAAUGAGAGUGAAUUGAAUUUCGUAAUGAGUCAAGGACUCUUUCAGCGAGUGUCUCACCCGAUUCCGCUUGCCUGCCGUCCCAUUUUUUAAGCACCGCCUUUUUAAGUAGGUAAUGUCCAUUGUAAAUCCUUACGCGCGUUUUAAAAAUAUAAAAAGAAGUGGGGAAAAAAAAUAACUGAAACCACUGAGAGUAAUGUCGGUUAAUAAAUGAAAACAAUAAAUGACGAUGAGUAAACGAGGUUAAUAUUUAAAUAAAUAAAUGACUAACGAUAAAAAUAAAACUUUAUAAAAUAAAAAAAAUAACGCGAUCCCAUAAAUCCUAUUAUAUUGUCUAUUUAUAAAAUGAACUUAAUUGUAAUUUUGAAAAAAUCGUGUAUUAACGAUUUUUACCGUGAGAAAUUAAUUUAUUCGAGAAUGAAUGCUUUAUUUUUUUUAAAUACUUUUUAAUAGGGUAAAUAAAAAAAUUUUUUUAAAAAGUGUUUACCUUUGGCUUUUUGUGUCUAAUUAAUAAAGUUUGUGAAAGAAUGUGAUAAGUGAAAAAAAGUCGCUGAUUAUUUUUUUUUGCGGGUUAAAUUAUCUCACGGUCGGUUAAUAAUAUUGAAGGCUUGGGGAAAAAAUGUUAUUAAUGAAUGUUACUGAAAAAUGAAUAUAUAAAUGUUAAAAAUAUUUAUUUAAUUUUCAAAUUUGUUGAAAAAACGAUUUUCUUUUCUUUAAAUUCAAAUAAUUUAUCUGAUUGCUGUUAUUUUAUUGUUACUGUAAUAAAAUAAAUAGUAUUGUUGGCGAAAGAUUAUAAAAAAAAAUAAAAUAUACUUUAUUACACGAAAUUCCGUCAAGAAUUUCGUUUUGUUAUUAAAAUGCGUGAUACCAACAAAAUAUUUUUUUAACUUUUAUUUAUUUUUUUAUUUCCUAUUGUUAAAAUUUUAAAUGUGUGAUAUCCCCAACUCAUAGUUUUAAAAAUUUAUUUUUUGCGAAAAAUUUUUUUUUUUAAUAAUUUUUUGAAAAGAGGAAGAGGAGGCAAUAUGGAUUUUGAUUAAGAAUAAAAAAUAUAUACGAAAAUGGAUUAGUCGUGGGUCGUAGAAAGGAAAGGCAUAUGAAAGAAGGGGGAGAUGUGUAAUGCAUUUAAAAAAAACGACAAAACAAAAAAAAAAGAAAUGUUCAUUACUUUAAGCUAUAGAAAGCUCAAGCGACAUGAAGAAAAAAAAAUCAUUGUAAAUUACUCGUACAAAAAAAAAUAAUUCACUAUCGGUGUCGAAAUCCGCUUUUUCGAAGAAUCUUAGAAUGCCUGUCGAAAAGAUCAAUAUUCACAUACUUUUUCUACAUAGUUUUUUGCAUUUUCAAUUCUCUCCACGGGCGCGAUUCAUUUUAUGUGUCGAAUAAAGAAAAAAAAAUUAAAUAAGUAAAUAAAUAAAUAAUAAAUUUGUAAAUCGUCAAUUCGAAGGGCGAUUUUCAAAUUUAAAUCAAUUU